AUGGAGUUGUAUUGUUCUCUCUUCAAGAAGAAGGACAUGGCCAGUGCUCAGACUCUGGUUUGUGUGAAACAAGUGAAGCAAGAGGUUCAGGAUGAGUGGGAUGAGACCAUGCCUUUGCCGGGAGACAUCAUCGAUGGCAUUUCCGACGAUGCUGACGAGUUGUUUUUGCCGGCCAAGGGCAAGUCAGAACUCAGCUCGGAACUCAGGAGGAUUAGCAGACAGGCUGAUUCUAUAUGGUUGAAAAUUAGAAGGGGAGACCGCAACCUUAAGCUCCAGGUGUGCGUCGUGGCAGAUCAUAGUUCCAGAAUACAGAGAAAGUUCACGGUGAGAGCAGCUUCAGACGAUAGACACGUUGCAGUUCUAGAGGAUUUGACAUUGGAACAGUGCACAAAACUGCAAGAAAUGAGUAGGAAGGUGGUGAAUGCGGAUUUGAGGGGAUUCAACCGGAAGGGUGUGAAGUAUGACUGGAAGACGAAGGUGCGUACCUACCUGCCGGAUCAAGGAUCAACGGUGGUUAGUUCCAUUUUGUUCAUGCCUCUACCAGAUGAGCAAGGAAUAGAGGCCACCACUGUCAGAACCAUGGCCUGGUUUUCUGCAGCGGUUUCAUCAGGGAUCCCUCUCGUCUUUGUCAACAUCCAAACAGAACAAAAAUUCACCUCGGAGAAAUAUAAAUCCACAGGAGAAGAGAUAAGUAGGUGUAGACAGAAAAAUGAGACCACUUCUCUUCAGAUUGUUCAAGGCAUAAGACUCUGGUUUCUACCAGGAAUUGGUGAAGUUUUACUUGAAUUGACACCAAAACCAGGAGACUACCGAUUUGGAAUUGACAUCAAACAAGCUGAAGAGGGCUUCAUCUGUGUGUAUUCAGUGACUAAAGGGACGUCUGCUGAUCGUGCUGGGCUCGGUUACUUAUAUGAACAAGCAAGCAACAUGGAGUACCUAGUUGUGAUCUCUAGGUUAGAAGGGAAGAACCUCAUGCCUUCAACUGUCAGCUCUGAAGGCCUAAUACAUUGUUGCGAUACCAAUGAUAUUAAGGAAACACUCACUUCAGCAAUGGAUCAAAUGGAAAGCAUCAAACUCCACAUCAUGUCUUGGCCCAACCAAACUCCUUUGCAUGCUCUGCAAGCAAUAGCUGCAGCCAACCUUAGGCCUCCAAACUGA